AUGGAUUCAUUGGACACACAGAUUGAGACAAUACUUAACGGUCAGCCCCUGUCUCAAGACAUACCAGUUAUUUGCGAUUAUAAUCCAUGGGAUCUGUUCAGUAGAUCCGUGACAGCUGUUAUCUUCAAUGAGGACAUGGAUGUGCUUAUGGUUCAGGAGUCAAAAUCUGGGAGUCGUGGGAAGUGGUCACUGCCAGCAGGAAAGGUAGACCCGAAUGAGCAGAUAAUAGACGCCAUUAGGAGGGAAGUGCUCGAAGAGUCGGGUCUGGAGAUCGAGGCGACAGAUCUGGUGGUGAUCGACACGUUUGGCUAUAAUUUUAGAUUCACUUUCUCUGGGCAUGUAAUCGGUGGUCAACUCAAGACUGUGGCCAAUAAGCACUCAAUUGAGGCCAAGUGGUGCUCCCAGACUGCCAUCAAGUCAUUGAAUCUGCGAUACGAAGACACUAUGGAUUUGGUAAAUGUUGUCCGCAAUCAUAACAUAUCACUGGCAAUGGAUCCGUGGCGUAGACCUCACUUCACUGCCAUUGGAGCCCAUAAUAGGAUGCUAUUAAGAGUGGUAUUCACUGUCAGACGCAAACAAAACAACAGACAAUACGUACUGAUCUCACGGCUACCGUUCCCUCAUCUGCCUGUCUGUGCAAUGCAUGAGAAACACAAUUUGAAGUCAAUUCUCACGGAUUUUCUUAAGGAAAAACUAAUUAAGAAAUAUCCGGUUGACUCACUUCUGGGUGUGUUGUCAGUUGAACACAACGGAGUUCCCCGAAGUCCACAGGACUCACCCCACGACGGCCUCUGUAUCACUGUCUUAGCCAAGAGUCGGGUGCCAUAUGAAGGUAUGGGCAGAAUAUGUGGUGAUUAUGAAUGGAUGCAAAUGAGUCCAUCACUGGAAGCGCUUCUCACCCGCUGUCUCGACAAUCCUAACACAGAGUUAAUUCAAUGGAGACCUAAGUUCUGGUGCAAAAGGCCCUCAAAAAGGCGGACUAAUAGGUCUUCCCAUUCAAAAAACAUGGAUAAACUGUCCGCUCAAAUAGCUGCUCUAUAA